AUGAAGCAGAACAGGCUCGACAAAAUGAGGAGUUGGAUGCUGAAUUUCUAUUACUGGAACAGGAACGUAAGUUCGCAGUUGCCGAGGCUGGAGUCAAAGCGCUUGAAAAUACUGGAAUGUAUUGCAGACAUGUUUCCCCGGAACCGUCACUGCUGGGAGCACCUGUUGAUAGAAGACAACUUACAACAAAGUCGUACUAAACAUUCUCGUGAAAGAAGCACAAAGGCAGGACGAAAGUUUGUUAGACACAUCAACACAGUUUGUGUUGGGCGGUUGAGAUGUGAACGAGAGGGUAAGCCAGAUCGGGCACGUAAGGCAGACUAUAACAACCUGGUUCUGCUGGCUGACAUAAACAUUACAUCACAGGGGGGUUCCUCUCAGGUCUGCAAUCACGGUGACCAACACAAACCAUCUAGGGAUUCCUCAUGGCACACCUCCAAAGCCAAAGCGAGACAUUUUAACAUCUGCUUACUAAAUCCCUGGUCAGUGUGUAACAAGACCACUAGCCUAGAUGACUUCAUCAAUGAGCAGGACUCAGACAUUAUGUGUCUCACAGAGACUUGGCUCACAGCGGCAAUCGAGAUGUCACUCACUGACUUCACAGAACUCUACAGCAGUGAACUCUCUUCCAUUAUGGGCUCGCUCGCACCACUUAUAACUCGCACGAUCACCAUCAGACCAGAAUGUGAGUGGUACAACAGCUCUAUCAGAGAGGCGAAGCUGAGGCGCAGACAAGCUGAGAGACUGUGGCGCAAAUCGGGACUCAUGGUACACAGAGAGAUUAACAUUCAGUGCAGGGAAGAGGUGAAUACACUCAUUGAUGCGGCUAAGCCCCAGCAUUACAGGACUUUGGUGCUUGAUAACAAAGGUGACAAUAAGCAGCAUUUCAGAGUGGUCAACAUGUUGCUUGGUAGGAACUCCACCUCUCCACUGCCUGCCGACAAAUUACCAUCAGAUCUGGCUGACAUGUUCAGUGACUUUUUUGUGCAGAAAAUUACACGAAUUCGCAGCUCCAUUACAUGUGACAAUCACAAUCCACUUGUUGGCCCACCAGCACUCAACGAUGAAACUAAACUUAGUCAUUUCCAACAUGUUGCUGUGGAUGAAGUCACAAAGUUGAUUAGUGGUUCCUUCCCAACAUCUUUCAAAGAAGCUAUUGUGACACCACUUCUGAAAAAGGCUUCACUGGACCCUGACAUACCAAAGAACUACCGGCCAGUGUCUAAUCCUGCAUAUCUAUCCAAGUUGAUUGAGAAGGUUGUAGCAGCACAUAUACAAACCUACCUCAGUGAGAACAAUCUACUGGAGCCAUUCCAAAGUGCUUACCGUCAGGGACAUAUUACUGAGACGGCACUUCUGCGAGUUCACAACGAUGUGGUUUUUGUCAUUGGAGAGCAGAAGGCUGUCUUGUUAGUACAAUUGGACGUAUCAACUGCCUUUGACACUGUAGAUAAUUUACGCUUGCUGCAAAUACUCAAGGACCUUGGAAUUAAGAACACUGUGCUCACGUGGUUUGCGUCCUAUCUUACCAAUAGGACCCAGAUUGUUAAAGUGAAGGGAGCGAAGUCUGGUGCCACUGAGUUAGGCUGCAGUGUCCCCCAGGGAUCGGUCCUCAGGCCUGUUCUGUUCAACAUCUACACAACAUCCCUGGGGGCCCUUCUCAGAAAGAACAAUGUCUUGUACCACAGGUAUGCUGACGAUAAUGAACUGUAUAUCAGCUUUAAAGUCCAACAGUCCGCUCUUGUAGUCAUUCAGAUGGAGUCUUGCUUGAAGUCAGUUCAAACCUGGAUGGCUCAGCAUCACCUCAAGAUCAACACAGACAAGACUGAUGUGCUAGUGAUAUCCUCCAAACAAAUGACCUCUAAGCUGCACAUACCAUCACUGCAAUUAGGAGACGACUCCAUCACUCCUGUUACUAAGGCCAAGGGCGUUGGUGUAACCAUUGACUCUCACAUGACCAUCGAGACACAUAUAUCAUCAGUGUGCAUAGGUGCCUUCAUCCACCUUAAGAACCUGAGCCAGCGGAGGAUAUAUCUGGACAGGGAAUCGCUGGAAUGUGUUGUCCAUGCCUUCAUAACAAUAAAGCUGGACUACUGCAACUCUCUUUACUACGGCUUACCAUCAAAGCAGAUCCAGCGGCUCCAAUCCAUCCAAAUCGCUGCAGCCAGAGUCAUCUCAGGCACCCGCAAAUACGACAGCAUUACACCAGUAUUACGCUCCCUCCAUCGGCUUCCAAUUUUAAAAAAGUUAUUCCAUCAGCAGAGAGUCAUCUUUAAGACAUUUGUGUUAGUGUACAAAACAGUCAACAUCAUGGCUCCAUCCUAUCUGCAGGAACUCAUAACACCCUAUGCUCCCUCCAGAACUCUGCGGUCCAGUGAUCAGAGCCUACUACAAGUGCCAUUUACCACCUCAUCUGUUAUUAAAACGAGCUUUUAG